AUGGCGCCGCCUGCGAAGCGACGAAGACGAAACAUCGUUCACGCCUCGGACGAUGAGGACGAACCGACGCCGCAAGUAAAUACACUGAGUAAUUAUCUGUUCUCCUCGCCAGACCAUAAAGGCGCAUCGACUGCGAAGCCUUCCCGGCCCAGGAGCACUUCCCCGAGUCCUGCCCGAAAGUCCUCGCGACUUGCCGCGAGUCAACCCACCAAGCCUACCUUAACUACCACAACAUCCUCCACGAAGCCUCUCCAGUCGAAAACCAUAAGCAACACUAACAAGAAGUUUAUCACGAAGAGUGCCAGCACGAGCCCCGAGAAGAACAAGACCAGGCCUGCAAUCAAGAGCAAAGCUGGUGAGAAUGGGAAAUCCGCCAAUAUAUUGACUUUGUUCUCGAGACAAGCCGAGCGAGCCCCAAUCAAGUCGCAGACGAAGCUGGACGACAUAAUAAGCGAUCCCAUAUCCGACGAUGAUGAUAUAGGGGAGCACAGGGCUGCGAAUGUCAGCCGAAUUGGACAAAAUGCACGGAAACGCAUCCAAGGACCUCCUCAAGCCAGUAGUGCUCCUCCUGUCACAUCAAGUCAGAAGUUUCUGAAGCCACCUCGGCCGGCCCAGCCUGCCCGGGAAGUCAGUUCACAGCACGACCACGACCAACGACCUUGGUCUGAGCGAUUCGGCCCUAUCAAUCUGGACGAGUUGGCAGUCCACAAGAGAAAGGUGGCAGACGUAAGAAGAUGGCUCGAGGAUGUUAUGGCUGGCCGGCUGCGUCAGAGGCUCCUCAUUCUGAAAGGAGCUGCAGGAACAGGAAAGACUACCACAGUCCGACUUCUCGCCAAGGACAUGCGCUGUGAGUUGCUUGAGUGGAAGAACCCAGCUGGAUCCCUUGGAGCAUAUCAAGGCUUCCAAUCAGCUUCUGCACAGUUUGAAGAGUUUCUGGGAAGGGGAGGCAAAUUCGGUCAACUAGAGACUGAUAUGGAAGGAUCGACCUCUGCGGUCGGCAGCAGUGGGAGUGACGAUGAUACACAGAAGAUGAUCCUCAUUGAAGAAUUUCCGAAUACAUUCACACGUUCAUCGACGGCCUUGACGUCGUUCCGGAGUGCGAUCAUGCAGUAUCUAAUCACCAAUACUCCGUCCCUCAGCAUGUAUGGACGCCAGGAGCCCAAAGACCUUAUCACGCCAGUAGUGAUGGUCAUUUCCGAGACCCUGCUGACCACGACUUCGGCAUCUGCGGAUAGCUUCACAGCACAUCGACUACUGGGACCUGAGAUCACUCGACAUCCAGGUACCUGCUUGAUUGAGUACAAUGCGAUAGCCCCGACUAUCCUCGCAGGUGCCCUGGAGCUGAUCGUACGGAAAGAAGCCGCCAAGUCCGGCCGGCGGCGAACCCCUGGCCCACUUGUUCUUAAGAAACUAGGCGAAAUAGGGGACAUCAGAAGUGCGGUUUCCUCGCUGGAGUUCCUCUGCCUCAAGGGCGAUGUGGACUCGGACUGGGGUUCCAAAGUUGCCUUGACCAAGCCGAAGCGCGAGGCGAAAAAUGCAACCCCCUUGACUCAAGGAGAAACAGAAAGCUUAGAGCUCAUGUCGCAACGAGAAGCAAGCUUGGGCAUAUUUCACGCUGUUGGGAAAGUCGUGUAUAACAAGAGAGAAGAGCUCCCUAUGGACAGAGACACGCCCCAGGGAAUAGCUGAGAUGCUUCCCAGCUAUAUGGCGGCUCACUCGAGGCCAAAACGAUCUGAAGUUUCGGUCGAUACUCUCAUUGAUGAAACCGGAACUGACACCAGCACAUUUAUCUCGGCCCUUCACGAGAACUACAUUCUGUCUUGCGAGUCUAGAGGUCCCUCUGAUCCGUACUCUUCUCUAGACUACGUAAACGGAUGUAUUGAAUUCCUUUCCGAGAGCGAUCUCCUGUGUCCGUCUUGGGACACUUUCUCCGGUGGCCGUGGUUUCGGUAUGGGAGGACUAUCUGCUCGGGACUCGGCUAGUCAUGUACUGCGACAAGAUGAAAUCACAUUUCAAGUUGCUACGCGUGGCCUGCUGUUCUCUCUUCCUAGCCCAGUCAAGAGGAUAGCGACAACAUCGAGGAGAGGUGGUGGCGAUGCCUUCAAGAUGUUCUACCCAACAAGCCUGAAGCUGUGGCGCGAGAAGGAGGAAUUAGAAGGUCUGGUUGAUCACUGGUCGUCGACGCUACUGAAAGGGGAUGACAAUGGACACAACCUCACUGAUGGCGCAUCUGCGUUUCGGCGACCCAAGACAGCCAACAGCGAGCAUUGGAUCGGUCGACAGGCCGCUCAACCAAAGAAGCCUGAACAAGGUCAAGAACAGUCAGCACCCCUCCUCGCUCUUGGAAGCUCUGCCCGUAAGGAAAUGCUGCUCGAGCGAUUGCCAUACAUGGCGCACAUAGCACGGCGGCACAGAGGCUCAUCCAGCACCAACACUGUGCGAUUGAAAGAGAUCGAGAAGGUCGUGUCCUUCUCCGGUAUCCGAGGCGCGGCAGACGAGGAAGUCGCCGACGCAGACAACGACACCGGCACGGGAGAGGCGUGGGCCACGGAUAAGCCUACGGAGGAGUCGUCGCCGCGGAAGAAGAAGACGGGCCUCGGCAUCCGACACAGCAGUGCCGGUUCUUCUGUGCUGGCGCUGCCGGUGCAGAAGCUGGUGCUGAGCGAUGAUGAUAUUGAAGAUGACUGA